AAGCUAUCCCAAAACCAUCACCAUCUAGCCAAAGUCCUUAUCCUAUUUACAAUCCAAAAAAGCAAAAAAAACCCACCGACCUUCUCUCUCUCUCUCUGGGUCUGCAGAAGAAAGAAGGGAUAUGUUGGAUCCAGAGCAAGAUUUGCUUCCACAAUCAUCUCCAUCUAUCUCUUCUGUUUCUUCAUCUGAUCUUGACACUGAGUCAACAGGGUCGUUUUUCCAUGACAGGAGCACGACCUUAGGUACGUUAAUGGGAGUAAGUUUCCCGGCAAUUGCUGCCAGAGUUCCUUCACAGAGAGAGAACCAUGUUGGUGUUGCCAUUGUCGGUGGUGGUGAUGGUGGUGGCGCCACCGACCGGCGUACUGGGGGAAAAAGCAAGAGGGUGGUGGCGACGGUUGCGGCAGCGUCUGAUUGGAAGAGGAGGAGGAUGAGGAGACGGUGGUGGAAUCUGUGCAGAGACGAUUCGGCCAAGCCUGCCUCAUUGGCCGACUUCCUUGAGGUUGAACGCAGAUUCGGAGAUGGGGCAUUUUACGGUGAGGCAGCGGAGCUCGAGAGUGUGGUGCCUCGGUCGUCUGCGCCUGGGAAUGGACGGCUCUUGUUUGCCGAUGGUAGGGUUCUUCCUCCAUCUCAGGAAGAAGCGCCACCGCCGACCGCUGGUACUCUUUAUAGACUCCCGGUGUUGCUCACUGGAAUCUGUACCGGCGGUGGGGAGUAAAUCAUGUAAUUUUCGUUGUUUCUUUCCUAAUUUUUCCCCCUUUAUUCA